UGUUGCACGAUUUCCUUCCGUACUGAAGAUUCGCUGAUGAGAAAUGUCCGGACCGUGCGUGAGGUUCUUACGCAAUCUCAUUCAAUCCUUACACCUUAACCACUACUACGUUGCACAUAUAUGGUCGCUACUCUACCUAUCGAGAUAUUGGAAACUAUCCUCGACCAACUAGCGAACUCCAAGACAGACCUUCAUGAAUGCACGCUUGUGUGUAGAGCAUGGGCUCCCAGAAGUCGUGCUUUGCUCUUCAAUUCAUUAUCUACUUGUCCAACGUCUCCCGCUCGCAUAUCCGAACCCUUCUUGAAAACAAUCCAACUUGUUCAAUCUUCACAUCUGAACUUUCUUGUGAAGAGUGUCAAGGUGGACUGUUGUCACGUUUCCGAGUUUACAAGGAUUACAUUCAACACUUUGAGGCUCCAACAUCUCACUAGAUUGUGGCUCUGCAGGACUGAUUUUGCGCGCUUCGAGUGGAAUAUAUGUUUGACUCGAACGCUAGUGCCUUCUUUAGAUACUUUGGUUCUUGAUCGAGCAGUGUUCAAAGCCCCGGUCCAAUUACUUCACUUUUUGUCGAGCCCUUGCUUUUCAAAACUUCGUUCGCUCACUAUGACCGACAUAUCAUAUCUGCUUAGAUCAGAUUCAAGCUCUAGUGAUGCAAAUCGGAUAAUCGAGUCAUGGUCAAGAUCUUCGACCGUGAGGUCUUCCACCAAUUCCCGCAUUAUGCUCGAGGAGAUGGAGAUUGGAUUAAUCCCGCAUCACAAUAUUUUCAAUAUCCUAUACCACCCCAAUUCAUCAUUCGAUUGGGCAUGUUUGCGAAGAAUUACGUUCUACCGUAUAUGGGACAAUGGACUCAUACAGGGAUUCUUGAAUGGGCCAUUGACAGCCCUAAGGUGUAUCGAGUUCAAAGAAACAGAAUAUAUGUAUCAUUUUGCUAGCUCCGGAGCUUUCAAUGGAAUCAUACAAAAUCCUGCUAUUCUUUCUAAUCUUACAGAACUUUCUGUGACGUUUUCCUUCACCUAUGAUGACUUUCAGUUCCUUGCUGAUGUGGUGAAGGAGGCUCAGAAAGGGAAUCGGCUGAAGAACAUUAGCCUUGUAUUCCCCAUUGAUUUGAAAGGUCUAGAGAUUGAACGGGCAGAACCUCAAGCACGAAUUCUUGAUGGGCGUGCUGUUAUAUUCGCACAUAUCGAGGGCCAUAAAGCAUUUCAUUUGCACGCACUUCGACUUUGGUACUAAUGAACCAAUUCUAGUGGUCUAUAGACAGGCAAAUAUUCUGAAGGAUAGACUAUCUACAUAGAUCGAUCGAGUAAAAUUUCACUGGCUAGGACUUCGUAUGAGAAAUAGACACACUCUGUAUGUACGUCGUUAGAAUUUCAUUCUCCAUGCAGUACUGGGAAGCCGACGUACGUAUAAUGAUUUAAUUCUUUCGGGUAAUUGUGUAAAUAAUGCAAGUCGAAAUCUAUCCAAAUCUAAGAGCAGAAUUUGUACGAAGAGGAUAACACUCAUAAAGAAACCAAGGAUCGUAUUCACUUGAUAGAGUGGAAGAAUAUGAUAUGUCCUUGUCCAUGUCCAAAAUCAUAACCAUGUAUGUGAGAUAUGUGUGGAUGGUGAGGAAUGAUGUGAAAAGUGACAAUAUUACACAGAAAGACAA